CUCCUGCAAGGGACAGAAAUCCAACUUGAGCUGGCUUGAGAAUAACAAUUGGGGUGGAUUUUGUAUGUUAAUAUAACUAAAAAACCCAAAGAAGAUAGAGCUCUCACUGCAGGUAUGGCUGGAUCCAGGCAUUCAAACUAUGCCAUCAGGGCUCUUCUGACGCUCUGCUCAUCUUUCUUUCCUGCCGGCCUUGCUCCCAAACAGCUUCUCUGCACACCGAGGUCCUAGCAGCCCAUGAGUUUCACUCUCCAGUUGGAAACCCAGCGGUAAGAGAAACUUCUCAGCAGAAGGUACAGAGUUGAGCCUCCUUGGCUUGGUUUAGAGCGCAUGCCUGUGUCUGAAGCAACUGCCGGAGCCAGCAGGGUGGAAAACGCCGGCUGGUCUGCCCUGAAGCACAUCACCCUCCCCCUUGCACAGAAUGGGAACCAUACGGAAUGACAGCGGUCAGCAGUGGUAAAGGAAAAACAGGUGCCUGAAGAAGGCAGAAUGGAUGCUGGGCCUGGGGGGCAGAAAACCAGAUGCCCAGCGGCAGAUGCAAGACCCCCUUCAGCUUGAUGUGAGGGAAAACAGAAAGCAAAGAAGUAACCAGUUGUCAAAAUGAAGGCCGAGAAGAAACACCUUGGCGAAGUUGGAAUUUGGGGAACGGGAUUUCAGAGACAGAGGCCUUGGGGGGAGGGCGGUUCCUGCCCCUUGGGGUGGAGGAAAGAGCUGAAUCCGAAGAGCUAGACUCCAUGUGGACCUCAACAGAUAAGGUGAACCGUAAAGGACCAGUCAGUGCGUCAUUCUGGAGUCAGCGAGGCCUACGUGACACAUUUUUUUGAGGGAGUGGAGGGUGGAGCGCCACCCUCUGUUGUUCCGGGGAAAGUGGUGGGAUCAUGAUUUCGUAACUGUCACACUGCUUACAUUUGUCAGUCCCACAUGAGUCCCGGUGGGUGGAGCUGGCUUCCCGGAAGCCAAUGGCCUCUGCACGAGCUGAUGAGAUUGAGUUCCUGGACCCAGGAGGCUGGGAAACUGACCUUGGGUACUGGCCUCACAGUGCACCUCCUUACAGGCUGGGCCAGGAAUGCCAGGAGACAUCCCCGGGCUCAGGGCUUGGCUCACAGUGACCCCCAAUAAAUGGCAGCUGUUCUUACCAUCACUGAGGACGCACCUGUCUAGCACACAACAAACAGCCCCUAUCGUCAGUUGUGCGGAGACAAGGCGGGCCCCCAGUGUGAUGCUCGCGAAUCCGUGGCUGUUAAUACAGCUGCUGGGACUGAAAAGGAGCCGGCUCCAGCAGCAGGCUUCAAGAGAAGAAAUAAUAACAACUAGAGAGAAGACGCAAGUCAAGAAACGAGCAGAGCAGCCCAGGAGAGGGGUGUCAGACGGCCGCUGUCACCAAGCGCCUGCGGAGAAGGAAAAGGAGGCUGAGACGCCCAGCCUGAGGUCAGACUGCAUCCAGGCCCCAGCGGCGCUGGCUGACACCCCUCGUCAAUGCCCAGGCCCCCCGCCGCCACGUCCCGCUGACUCCGUGCCCGGGAUGGCCUGUGCGCAGCCAGCCCCCCGGGAGCCCCAGCCCAUCUCCACCAGAGCCACCGCCACUGAGGCCGCAGGCCCCGCUCAGGGCUAUCUUGGCCUCACGGAGGAUGACCUCGAAUGUCUGGUGUGCCGGGAGCCCUACAGCUGUGCCCGGCCGCCCAAGCUGCUGGCUUGCCAGCACCCUUUCUGUGCCGUCUGCCUGAAGCUCCUGCUGUGUAUCCAGAAUGACACCUGGUCCGUCACCUGCCCGCUGUGCCGCAAGGCCACCACCGUCCCCGGGGGCCUCAUCUGCAGUCUGCGUGACCAGGAGGCCGUGGUGGUGCGGCUGGCCCGGCCGUGCCCAGAGGUGCGGCUCUGUCCUCAGGGACUGGCAGCUUCCGCCACCUCGACAGCAGGGCACCCCGGCCAGGCGGGAGACGAAGGGCAGGACGCGGCAAGCGCUAACCGCGUGGCGGCCCGGCGCCUGGUGGCACACUUGCUCCUCCUGAUCUUGCUCAUCUUCAUUAUCCUGCCCUUCUUCUACCCGGGCAUCAUCCGGUGGAUGGUGGCCAUCAUCAUCAUCUUGACCCUGCUGAUGUCCACCUUCUACUGCUACCACCCGUGCAGCCAAGGCGGCUGCUGGCCUCCCGCUGGGACUCCCUUCUGCAGAGAACAGAAACACAGCGAGAUCGCUUCCAUUGCCUGAGUGCGCGCCGGACAGGCACCUGCUGCCUCUCGGGCCCCGUUCGGCUCACGUGAGCGGGGUAAGGGGCUAUGAACUAAGGCUCGUUCCCUCGGGGGAUUAAAUGCCAGCUGGACUUGCAAGCCAAAGCCAGACGGCUGUGUUGGGUCAAGAACUACGUGCUUGGGUGAUAGACUUCUGUGUGCCCACAGGACAGCCCAUCUCAGCCGUCUGGGAUGGGGGAGGAGGCACAUACCACCUGAUCGCCACGAGGGUCUCCUGUUCCUCGUAUUCUAUUCCUCCUGGUUUUCCUUCUUAUGCCUUGGUGAACUUAUUGCAAAAACAAAUAGAACCAAGACUCU